AUAAAAAUGAUGUUUUUAAUAUUACAUAAUAACAAAAAUGAUUUUUUGAAAUCCUUUUAGUUAAUUUAGCGAUAACAAUGUUUUAUAAAACUACAUGUGUACGUACAAUGCUGCAAAACACUUUAUUAAUUAGGUAUCCUUGGAGACGGUAUGAUCAAUGUGUAAAAUUCUUAUCUUUACAAGCAGAAGAGAAAAAAAUCAGUCCUUUGGAUUUGUAUUCGAAAAAAAUAUCAGAGGGCUUGCUUAGUAAAGACACCCACCAAGAAGAUGUUGUCAAACGCCUUGAACACGUAUAUCAAGAAGUUGUCAAUUUUAAGCGUCCAGCAACAGCCUCCAAACGUAAUCCUAUAUUUUCGUUUUUUAAGAGAAGCGAACCGCCAAAAAUAUUAGCACCACAAGGGUUGUACAUAUAUGGAAGUGUUGGAGGUGGAAAAACCAUGUUAAUGGAUUUGUUCUAUGAAACAGCCCCGAUCAAAGAAAAGUUAAGAGUACAUUUUAACUCAUUUAUGUUAAAUAUCCAUUCAAGGAUCCAUGAACUUAAAAUCAAAUCUGGAAAAGGAGCAAGUUCGUUUAAAGAUGAAGGAUCAAAACCAUUUGAUCCCAUACCACCUGUGGCAGCAGAUAUAACUCAAGAAUCAUGGCUAAUUUGUUUUGAUGAAUUUCAAGUGACUGAUAUUGGUGAUGCAAUGAUAUUAAAACGUCUAUUUACACAAUUAUUUGAUAAUGGUUGUGUUGUUAUUGCUACAAGUAAUCGGCAACCUGAUGACCUAUAUAAGAAUGGAUUACAAAGAGCUAACUUCCUGCCAUUUAUACCUAUAUUAAAAGCGCAUUGUAAUGUUGUACAACUUGAUUCUGGAAUUGAUUACAGAUUGCAAGGAAGUGGUGGCAAAUUUGGAAAGUAUUUCAUAAACAAUGAGUUAACACCAGGAAACAAUGGUGUUGAUAAUCUGUUUAAAUUUCUGAUAUCAAAAGAAAAUGAUACAGUAAGAGUAAGAGUAAUUAAUAUAUUAGGAAGAAAUGUUAAAUUUGCCAAGAGUUGUGGGCGUGUCUUAGAUUCAACAUUUGAAGAAUUGUGUGAUAGACCACUCGGUGCCAGCGAUUACCUCAUAUUAUCUAAAACAUUUCACACUGUGUUCAUUAGAGAAUUGCCUCAACUGUCAAUUGUCAAACAUAGGUCACAGAUUAGAAGAUUCAUAACAUUGAUUGACACAUUUUACGACAACAAAGUGCGGGUUGUCAUAGCAGCUGACUGUGAACCAAAACACUUAUUUAAUUUAAACGAUACAAAAGAUGGGUAUGGCGAUGCUGAUAGAGCUCUAAUGGAUGAUUUGAGUAUUUCAAAGGAUUCAGAAAACUCUCGAGCGGCCAUUUUUACAGGCGAAGAAGAAAUGUUCGCGUGUGAUAGAUGUCUGUCUAGAAUAAUGGAAAUGCAAACGGACGAAUAUUGGGAGAAAUGGGGUAAAAAUAUAUGAUCUUCCAAAUUAUAGUCAUUUUGUGUUCUUUAGUAAAAUAUUAUCAAAUUAUUAUUAUGUAGUUAUUUUAAUUAUACAAAGUACUUAAGAGUUUCAGUGCCUUUUUCGAAGUGUUUUCAAACACAUCAUGGUACAAAUUUUUAAUUUAGCUUAAAAUGUGUAUAAUGUUGCUAUUUAAAUACGAGGGUGUUUUAUUAUAGUUUUAGUAUGAAGUGUGCCAAAAGUAUAUUACGCUAAAGAGUAUAUAAUAUAGUCUAUGCGGCGUAAAAUUGUUAUUUUCGCGUCACUGUUUUACAACAAAUUUAUAUUUUGACCUUAACUUUUGUCAAACUGUAAUGACUUAACAGAGUUGUCAACAUAACAAAAGUUAAUAUAGUACUGCCAUGAUGCCAGUACUAAAGAAAGUACCAGGAUGGUUCUAAUUCCGCACAGACUAUAAUUUGUAUGCCUCGUGGCAUAAUAAUGAAAACUCUUUGGAGAUACAAACUUCGUGUUAUAAAUUUAAAAUAACGUUCGUAAUUUAAAUACUACGAAAAAUUAUUAGAACGCCAUUUUUUGUGUUCAUUAGAAUCCUUUAAAAAAAUUAACACAAAGUGUUAGUAUUGAAAAAUUGCAAUUUUUUAUGGUUGUACCUGAAUCAAUAAUAUAAUAUAUACACGAUAAAAAAUUUUGACGCCACCUAGAGAAGUACUCUAAUUAUUGGUUUAUUUAUACUAAAUGCAGAUUUUACGUAAAGCUCACACCCAAUGUAUAAAUUACUUUAACUUCUGCAAAUCGGUACAGGAACCGCAACAAAUUUUACAUAAAAUAUUGAAAUCAAGAUAUUUUUCUUAAAAAUAGUAUAAAAUUUGCUAUUAUUUAUGGUACUACCCCUCCGCCAUUAUAAAAUUCCAUAAAUUGUAAUAUAUAUUUCUGAAUUAAUUAAUUAUCUUAACUUAUACAGGUCACACACAACGUUAAUUUUUUUAUAACAAAUUUUUUCGGUGCUUAGACUAAUUUGACAAGGUAAUAUGUUAUCUGUCGAGAGUAUAGACGCACAUAUAUUUAAUGUCUUGACAUUAUACAAACAUUGUUACAGUAUUAAGCGACAUUGUAAUUAUUAAUUUUAAUUAAGUAGCUUGUAUUUUUUGGUCUGGAUUGAAAGUUACCUCAUUCGUAAAUCUACUCUAAAUCUUAUCACACUGUUUUAACUAAAGUACUGUCACGUUCAGUCUACAAGUCUUUACUCUGUGGGGAAAGGGGAUUUAGCACGAUUUUUUUUAUUAUUCUGUCAUUUAAACGUUAGUGGGAUAAUGUCAGUUUUUGACAGCUAAUUUGUUAGUGAUUCCGAUAAGUUCCACGAAGCGUUUUAAGUUGCCUAUACAAUACCUAUUAAAGUAUUCUCGUAAAACCGUAAAAAGUACUUUAGUUUUAACAACAACUUUCCUGUUCAGUAACUUUUUAAACUAUGCUUAGAAAAUCAUAAAAUAUUGUAAAUAUUUAAUAAUUAAGUGAAAACAUUCAUAGACAAUAAUUUACUCUACAGUUUUAUUAUGUAAUCGAAACUAGACCUUAAAAUACCAAAGUAUCACAUUUUGUGAGUUUUUAGACGUUAAAUUAUUUAUUUUCUGUUAAAUAAACGAGAUGAAAUUGUUAA